GGAAGUUUUAUUUUGAAGUUAUUCUAAUUAAUUGGGCACUCCUGACUAAAUUGAGGCGUUUACACGUACCCUGCUAACGUUAGUUCUUGUUAACCGUGGACAGUUUUUUGAAACUCUGACAACAUUUAAACCAUGUCUGACAAAACGGAGGUUAAUCUAACUGGAGUCAAGCAAAGUAAAGGCGUGUGGCUUGUCAAGGUCCCAAAGUAUUUAUCUCAGCAAUGGGACAAGGCCACGGAAAAGGGGGAAGUUGGAAAGAUUACCAUUGGAAAGAAGCAAGGCAAAACAGAGGUACGUUUCAGUCUGAAUGAGGAGCUGACAGCACUGGGAGAUGUGGGGGAAAAGGAUGCAUCACUGCAGGUCCCAAGGGAUCAUUCCUUCACAAUGCACACAGUGGAUGGACAGACCAUGGCUGUCUUCAGCCAGAGCAGUGCAGAUGAAAUCAGUCUGGAGGGGAUGGUGGUGCACAGAGCUGAAUGCAGACCGGUCGUCAGUGACAACUACAUGAAGCUGAAGAAGCUGCAGAUUAAAGCAUCCACCAAGCCUCAGCGUCUGUCACAGCAGCUGGAGAGAGCCGUCACUACCGUCUUCAAGCCUGUGGCCAAUCACGAUUUCAAUGUGGAGCACGAGAAGAAGAAGAAGUCGGAGGGGAAGAUGGUGAGGGCCGAGCGGCAGGUCGUGUUGGACAUGCUCUUCUCUGCCUUUGAGAAGCACCAGUAUUACAACAUUAAGGACUUGGUGGACAUCACCAAACAACCUGUGACUUACCUGAAAGAAAUUAUGAGGGAAAUUGGGACGUACAACAGCAAGGGGGCUCACAAAAGCACCUGGGAGUUGAAGCCAGAGUACCGCCACUACCAGUCUGCUGAGGAAGAGGAGAUGCAGACGACCUAGUGCCUGUUGAGAUUCUUCUGACUGACUCCAUGAAAAUACUGUUUAUUAGUUAUGCAGGCAGUGUGUGAUGUUUUUGAGUUCAUAAUAUUUAAGUUGAGAUUGUGUGGAAGUUGUCUAUG